CCUAAGGGGGCGGUCCUGUGCUCAAGUGUGGGGUGUGCCCAGACCCAAGCACGGGCUCGGGCUGGCGGUUGACUCCAGGCGAUGGAGGAAGAGGGGCCUCAGGCUUUGAGUGAAGCCGCUCCGUGUGGGAUUGAGCAGCAACAGUGUGAGGACGGGACAGCGUGCCCCGUGGAGGCCGGUGCGGAGUCUGAGCAGGAGGCGUUGCUAUGGAACACGGCGAGCUGCUAUUCGAGUUAUUUAACAGCCACAGCCCAAGCGGAGAUUCAACAAUUGGAACAAAGUUUAGAAGAAAUGCUCACUAGAGUAGAUGAAUUCUGUGGGAUGUUGGACAUGAUUCGAAAUGAUUCUUCUCAGAUAAUGAAUGAAAAUAUCCCUGAAAUCCAUGUGAAAGCAGAUGAAAUGAAGCAAUUAUACAACAAGAUUGAUAAAUUAGAGGCCUUUGUCAAGAUGGUUGGACAAAAUGUGUGUGUUCUAGAUAAUCAACUGACACAAGCUGAAGCCGAAGUUGGAAGCUUUCCCAGUGCAUUUAGAAAAAUCUGGAACUCUAUCGGCUCUCCAGCAUUCCUUAAUAAAUCAUCAUUGCCUAAGAGACAACAGCAAAAAUGUGAACCUCCAGCCCUCUUCCGGACAGAAGAUUACUUCCCAGUGCAGAACUCUUAGCACAUGAAUUAUAACAUUGAAAGAAUAGCAGCACAAAGGAGGAACCCUACCUGCCUAAACCUACUGGAUGCACUGUAAAUCACUUCAAUAAUGAAGCAAUGGUCAUUUCCUUUAUGAAACAAGCUGGUGUUCAAAACCUUGGAGGCCAACAUUCUUGUCUUCCUUUUUAAUAUCAAAAUAUUGUUUUUGAUAUGAAACUGCCUAAAUAUAUGCACAAAGUUAAUAUUGCUAACAGAUCAGAUUUGAACAGUAUUGAUAUUUGUCUACAGAUUUAUAGUUGCCAAAGAUGAGUUUUUAUGCUGAUCUCAAGAGUUUUAUUUGAGACUCUUUGAUAUUUGCUGAUUUAAUGAUAUAAUAUCCAUGCUAAUGCCAAGGCAUUUUUUUUGCACUUUGUUUGCCUUAAAACACACCUUGAGCUUCCAUUACUUACUUUCUGUAAACUGAGGGUGAAACAAUUACCUGUUGGUUUUCUGCAGAACCAAUGGUUUUUUUUUAAAAGAAAUUAUACAAUUAACUACUUUAGACACUGGGUUUUACACACUUUCUUUUAUGUUGGAAAUUAUUAAAUUGCUGUUCUCAACAUUGUAUCCCCCAACAGUGCAUGGUUUAUUUGCUUUUAAAAAAGGUACAAGAUGUGUUCAAUUUCCAAAGAAAAUUGAAAGCAUGUCAGGUUGUGAUAUGUCACUGUCAGUAUUGGGAUACAUUAGUAUUAUUUACAUUUGCAUUGGUGCAAAUCAGAAUUUGGUGAAACUGAGUUAUCGAUGAUGCUACAUAGAUUCUGCAGCAAGGUGAAAUAGCCCAUUCUCUCAAACUCCUGGUUUGGAGAAUGGUUUUGGAUUUAGACUGCAUUAACACUUAACCGCAGUAUCAGCAUGAAAUAAAAUUGAUUUUUUUUUCCUGACACUACAGCUGAAGCACAAUUUUUUUUUCAUUGUUUGCAAUUUAAUGUUUUAGAUUGGAAAGUGUACCUCACAAAUCCAAACUGAGAAAUACAGAUAUGGGCUGGAGGAAGCAAGCUCACAUCUGAGGACUGAAGUGUGCUCAACAGUCUGAUUUUUAUUCUUGUUUUUGAUUGUUACACUGUCAAAAUGACUUGAUUUAAGUGACAAUGGAAUCAUACAAUUGUAAGAAAAAACAGCAAUAAAUUGGAUUGAUAUGGGAAAAUGUUACCUCAAGAUAAACCAAACCGCUUCCGGGUGAUAGAAUGAGAAAGGCGACUGAUGGUCUGCAUAAAGAGAAGUAACCAAGGUUACGUUGCAAGAGCUGGAUUUUAUGUUCAGCAGAAUUGGAGAAGUUAAAUAAAGAGGUACAAUGGA